CCCCUGGGCUCCGCUAUUCCGCUAUUCUCAUGCCGUGACGUGCCAUGGCAUGGGUCACCGCUCUCUGUUUCCUGGGCUCUCAGAUCUGCUUGGUGCUGGGCCAGGGAUUCAUUCCGCAGGUGCCGCGGGAGGUUCCCUCGCGCGCAGGCGUCAUCAAUGAUUCCCCCACGGCAGGACCUUGGGUCAUUUUCGAGUUGCGUUUGUUCUUUGACGUGGAGUGUCAGAAGGAAUCACAGCUCACUCCUUUCUUCACUGAAGUCUAUGACACCGGGACCCACCGGGAGACCGAGCUCUUUACCAACGGUCAGUACGUCUUUGACGGCGCAGAGUACACCAACUGGACAGCCGACUGUCGGGUCUCACUGGGCGGCUGUCCGGCGCGCACAGUGAGCGUUGGGGCCGAUAUUACGGGCCUGGCAGGCUACACGGCAGCCGUGGCACGAAAGGAUGCCUUAUGGAAUAUCACGGGGCCUCUCUUUGAUGCCAUUACCAUUAAAUGCUUUCGCAUCUGGCAAAGUUCCGACCCGCGACACAAGUGCAACGACAUUGGCAUCGUCAGAGGCUACCCCAACGGCAACGACUACUUGUACGACGUGGUGGAAGUCUUCCACGCAGUCAGCGGCGGUGAUUGGGCCCAGAGGCCUGCCUUAUUCGACACCCUGUGGAGAGUGCAAAAUCUGGAGGUGACCUAUGGCCAGUGGAGUUUGUCCGAACUACACUUUUUUGAGGACGUGCUGUGCACCUUCCCGUUGCAGGGCCAAGCCUUUGCCAUCGGCAGCGACAAUGCCUUGGUGGAUGGCGACGUCAACGCCUUCGACCACAACGUCACGAGCGUUUGGACGGCUCUCUGUCCCGCUGUGCCCAACAGUCGCGCCCACGAAAUCUGGGGCGAUGGAUUCAAAUUUCACGGCUGUGAACCGGAACAAGCCUUCAUUGGUCAGGAAUAUCAAGUUGCUUCCACCGUGAGGUGCCUGCGAUUCUUUCAGAAGACGCCGCGCGACAUCUCGGACCGCGAGCAGCGGAUCUCCUGGUCCGCCGGGAUCGCCUUGCAGCGCUGGUCAGGUGAAGAUUGGUUCACCACGGAACGCUUCUGGGACUCCGCUGCUGCCUACGACCCCGUGCUGGCACCCACCAUGGUGACGCCCUUCGUGGGGGGCGCCCCCGGCACCUGGGAGGAUCUGAGACCCCCCAGCAGGUCAGCGUGGCGAUUGAGCAACGACGUGUACACCAGGGGUCAAUGGGUGGUGCACGAGCUUGAGUUCCACACCGCCACCCAUUGCCUGGGGGACAAGCUGAAAGGAGAGCCUUUAGCCAUGCAAGGGCCCCAAAACCUCGAGAUUCGCUACGCCUUUGAUGGGGACACUCGACAGGAUGUGGGUUGGACAUCCAGCUGCAGCAGCAGGACGGAAGGGAUUACCUGUGUACCCGCAGAAGCAUGGUUGGGGAUCUACGUCCGCGGCCAACAGCCCGUGGUGAAGUGCUUUCGAAUUCUUCAGUCCAAAUAUUUGGAGGAGCAGUCCGCCUUUGUCUCUCUUGGUGUUUACAUUGAUGGAAAUUGGCAGUUUGACAGCUUUCACCGUGAGAUCGGUGGUGGCACCUGGAACCGGCGCCCGGCCUUGCCGUGGACCAUUUGGCGCUUGCGCAACAACGAGGCGCUGGAGGCGCAGUGGCGGGUCGCCGAGCUGAAGGCCUACCGGGACCCCUUGUGCUUGGUGGAGAUGACUCCCGGGUCCCCCCUGGCGAGCGGCUACAACUCCGGCGACGCCCCCAGCCGCGCCAUGGACGGCGACGCAUCCAGCCUGUGGACGGCGAACUGCGCAACGGCGUGCAACGAGACGCGGAAGUAUUGGCUGGGCGUGGAACUUCCCAAUAACGCCCCGGAAGCGGAAGAGGAGGAACUCAUGGUGCGAUGUUUCCGGAUCUGGCAAUCAGAACGGCUGGAGCAACAGAUGAUCAGCACUCAGAUCCAGCUGUGGAACGGUGAGAUCUACAUCCUGUCGCCCAUGACCAAAACAGGUUCACUGCACGAACUCGGAGGUGGCGUUUGGUCCAGACCUGCAGCCAGCUUCAUGCAGCUUGGCGGCGGAGCUUGUCGCCUUGGCGGUCGCGUUUCCGUGGGUCAAAAAUGGUCAAAAGCGCCAAGGACGCGGUGGCGUUUGGUGCCCAAAGCAGAGGAAAAUCGGCACUGGAGGGUCUUGGAGCUGGAGAUGUACGCAGAUUCCAAGUGCAGGAAUCGCUUGCCAGUGGCUGGCUUGGAGGGAGGUGGUGAGACGGUGCUGGCGUCCAGCUACUUUCCGCUGAUCACCGGCUUCCGCCGCGCCGAGCGCGGCAAGAUGUGGUCGGAAGCGCAGCAGCUCCUGGGAAUUGGUGAUUUCGCCAGGGAAGGUAUGUUCUGUAGAGUUCAAGCACUUUAA